AGUUGACAUGGGUCUAUUUGAAAUCAAUCAGUGCCUUAUGUUGUAGACCCCUUGUCGAUCUCAUAAUUUGAUUGGCUUGAACUGUAGGCAGCCGUUGCGGAAGUCCGGCUCAGUUCCCGGAUUUGUCUCAGCCUGCUUAAAAGCAUGCACUCAGCCUUGACGCAGAUAGUCACAGAAUAACAGCGAGCGGAGCAAGGCGUCGAUCAGGCAGCACUAUGUAGACGAAGCAUCCGAGUAGUAUACGCCGUUUGCGUAAAAUCUCCUCUCUGUAAAUCAGGCACUCUAAGGUGUAGAAUCUUUAUCAUGGCCGACGAGUACGCUGAAGCUGAAUUCGAGAGGGUGCCUUCAGAAGAACAAUCUGAGGACGUUGAAAUGCCUGAUAUCGCACCACCCCUCGUCGGGGUAGACCGGCCUUACGGGGAUGAUGUGAUGGCCCAGGGCUGCCAACUUGAACCCCAUCAAAGCAUCGAGAAGGGUUUCAAAGAGACGUGGCCUUCAAAAUUUAUUAUCGCUGUCGAUUUUGGGACUACAUUCUCGUCCGUGGCGUUUGUACGCCUAGAUCUUCACAGGGACAUUAAGACGAUUGAAGCCGAAUCUGUUCGGUGUAUCGAUAACUUUCCCGACAUGCCAUCGGGUAUAUCUGCGGAUGUUCUUACAAGCCAUCAGUCUGUUCCCACGGAGCUUAUGUGCUAUGCACAGAAAGACCAAGUCUGGCCUGAAGACCCAUCCAAUUUAGACUCAUCGGAUAACGAAUCGCAAUGCUCUUAUGAUGAUGACUGGGCGUCUUCAGUAGAUGGAGAUUCUAAUCAGGAUGGUGAAAGAGACGUGGUAUCUGCUAGAGCCGCUAAAUACGAAGCCAAAAACUCGAUCUGGGGAUGGGGUGUUCAUUCUCGACUAGUCAAACCUGAAAACAUACCCCUGGAGCUAAGACACUUGACAAACUUCAAGCUGCAAUUAGACGAUGCGACAAGUACAAAAGACCUCCGCAAGAAAAGCGCCCAGGAACUAAGAAGAUUGAAGAACGCGAAGGCAGAAGACAUCAUUGCUGAAUAUCUUGGACAGCUGUUCAAACAUACCAAAAAAAGACUAGGCACAUUUCAUGGCCUUCAACAGGAUAGCCAGGUGGAAUUCGUCUUAUGCGUGCCAACCUCCUGGACGGACAAGGCUUGCCGUAUUAUGCAAAGUGCUUUGACUACAGCCAUCAAGACAUCCCAGCUUGCAAAACUCGAGCAGGGUAUGAUAAGGGACUUAUUCAUCGUUGCCGAAUCAGAGGCCGCGGCAACAUUUGCUCUGGAAGAUUGCGAGUCCCUAUCCAAUAUAAUAACCAACGAGUCAUUCUUGCUCUUGGACUGUGGGGGCGGCACAGUUGAUGCAAUCACCUACACACUAAUUCGCUCGACUCCAACCCGGAUGCAAGAAGUAGUUAACCCAAAGGGGGUCUCAUGUGGAUCAAGCUUUCUGAAUAAAAACUACAAGAAGCUAUUAGAGGAACGGCUUGAACAUGCUAAUAUCAUUGGAAAUGACAUGUCUCUAGAGAGAAUUAUCGCCGCCGAGGUCCAGAGGUUCGAAAAUGAGAAGAGAAGCAUUAAUAUACUAGACAAGAAAGCCCAUAUUGACGCUAUCCAUAUUCCGGGCCUUCAAGCAGAACAAGAUAGGGAACUCAGGAUUAGGAGGAAUAAACUAGAUCUCAGCUGGAAGGAGAUGUAUAAGGUCUUCAAAGACUGCCUCGAUGGCACAAAAGAUUUGAUGCUAGAACAACUUAACCAAGCUAAAACGAACGGAGUCAACGUCCAAACGGUCAUCUUAACCGGGGGCUUCGGGGAAUCGCCAUCGCUGAGGAAUCAUCUCAAGAAAAUCUUGAGAAAACAGCGAAACCUACUGAAUCAGGAGAUUGAUUUCGAGCCAUCGCGCUACGUCCAGUCAGCCGUCGCCCGCGGAGCCGUUCUACGCGCGUUGAGGAAGGAAUUCGGACCUGCUAGGAUUACUAGAUCGAGCUACGGAGUCCUCCGGACGUUACUAUACGAUGAAAAUAACCCGCAGCAUAGGAAACUCUGGGUUUCUCGCGAUCGGGCUGACGGGGAAUUAUACAUCAUGAACACCAUUCAGUGGGUUCUCAGUAAGGACACUCCUGUGGGAACCAAAUAUGAAAAAUCAUUUAAAUCUAGGCACAUAUUUCAAAUGCACGAGGAUUUCUUAUGUGAAGAAAUUCUUUAUGUUUCUUCAGGAGCCCAUAAGUCCGGAUAUAAGUACGGUCAUAAAGAGAACAAAGGUGCCGAAGAGGCCGGCAGAAUUCUCGUCAAUCUUACUUUCCUUAAGACAACAGGUCGAAUCAAGCCAACCACAGUGCGAAAUGCAGAAGGAAAAUUGCAUUCGUUUUACGAAGUCCAGUAUGACCUGUGGCUUAUAAUCGAAGGACGGUCCCUGAGAUUCGAGGCACGCUCGCCCAUUAACAAGAAUGAGGUGAAAGCUUCUGCCUCUUUCUGCAUAGCAGCAGGUUUUGUCCCCGGUACUGAAUAGCGUAGGCUCUAUAUGUCAGGGUACCAUCAUGUGGCUUGGUUAUGUGAUAUUGCUGCUGUGGAUUCUUUUUUAUUUAUCACUGUUAUGCGUAGUACUAGUACCAGUAAUACUAUAAUACAAGAUUUACCUAUUACAUACGAAUAUAAACAAACCCGAGAGAAUUGGGCAUAUCUUCCG